AUUUCAUAGAUGGGCUGUGUCCAGGGGACAUGAACUCUCUGCAGUGGAGGUCCAGGGCACAUCCACAGUGGACCCUGCGUGGACUGCCUGACGCUGGAUCAUAUGGUGCUGGCAGCUGGCUUGGUGCUCCUCUCAGCUGCCCACCAUGGCCUGGGGGCUGCCCAGCACCACCAGCCUGGCGCGCUUCUGCCAGAAGCUGAACCGGCGGAAGACACUGGAGGAGCCCACCAUGGAGACAUCACUGCGGCGCCACCUGACUACGCUGGACCUGACCCUGCUGGGCGUGGGUGGCAUGGUGGGCUUUGGCCUCUAUGUGCUCACAGGCACUGUGGCCAAGUGGAUGGCUGGCCCUGCGAUGCUUGUGUCCUUCAGCGUGGCUGCUGUGGCCUCCCUGCUUGCAGCCCUAUUCUACGCAGAGUUGGCAGUGUGUGUGCCCCUCAGGGGCUCUGCCUACCUGUUCACAUAUGUGUUCAUGGGUGAGCUGUGGGCCUUCCUCAUUGGCUGGAUCAUGCUCAUCCAGUGCCUCCUUGGUGGAUCCGCCAUGGCCCGCGUCUGGAGCAGCUACCUGGACAUCAUCUUUAGCCACCGCAUCCAGAGCUUCACCGAGGCCCAUGUGGGCAUCUGGCAGUUGCCCGUCUUGGCCUGGUACCCAGACUUCUUGGCUGCUGCCAUCAUACUUUUGGUCUUGGCUCUCGCCUCCUGUGGAGGUCGCAUCUCUUCCUGGUUCAACCACACCUUCUCUGCCAUCAGCCUUGCCAUCAUCACCUUCAUCAUCAUCCUGGGGUUUGUCCUGGCCCGUCCGCACAACUGGAGCACUGAGGAGGGUGGCUUUGCACCCUUUGGUUUCUCUGGCAUCAUGGCUGGUGCUGCCACCUGCUUCUACAGCUUCGUGGGCUUUGGUGCCAUUGCUGCCUCCAGCAAGGAGACCCAAAACGCAAAGCAAGCUGUUCCUAUGGCCCUUGCCAUCUCAGUUGGUCUGGUGGCUGGUGCCAACAUCCUGGUCUCCACUGUGCUCACCCUCAUGGUGCCCUGGCAUAGCCUAGACCCUAACUUGGCACUUGCUGAUGCCUUCCUCCAGCGGGGCUAUAGCUGGGCGGCCUUCAUUGUGGCAGCUGGUGCAAUCUGUGCCAUGAGCCCUCUCCUGCUCACCAUCUUCUUGUUCGUGCCACGCAUGGUCUGUGCCAUGGCUGCCGACGGGCUCUUCUUCCAAGUGUUUGCCCACGUGCACCCCCGGACACAGGUGCCUGUGGUGAGCCUUCUGGUGUUUGGGGUCCUCAUGGCUUUCCUGGCGCUGCUGCUGGACCUCCAGGCACUGGUCCAUUUCCUGUCCAUUGGAACACUUCUGGUCCUCACUGUCCUGACCACUAGCAUUAUCAUUCUACGCUUCCAAAAGGCCCCUCCAUCCAGUUCUCAGGGCCCAGGCAGCCCUGUGGGCACUGAGCAGGCCUCAGCCCCUGAGCCUGGGCAGCUGCGACCAGCCCUGAGGCCCUACCUCCGCUUCCUGGGUGGCUGCAGGCCUGGGGCCACCGUGGCUUGGGCCCUCGGUGUCCUGUUGGCCUCGGCCAUCACCCUGGAUGGCAUGCUGGUCUUUGGGGACUCGGCCCUGCACCUCCCACCCUGGGGCUACACCCUGCUGCUCCUGCUCAGCUCCGCCACGUUUCUGCUCAGUCUCCUCGUCCUGGGGGCCCACCAGCAACAGCGCCGGCAGGACACCUUUCAGGUUCCCAUGGUGCCCCUGACUCCCGCCCUGAGCAUCCUCCUCAACAUCUUCCUCAUGCUGCACCUGAGCUACCUGGCCUGGCUGUACCUCUCUAUCUGUCUGCUGACUGGUUUGUGCCACACCUGCAGGACUCGCAGUGUAUUUUGGCUACGGCAUCAGGCACAGCAAGGAGAACCAGCGGGAGAGGCCAAGGUUGACUGUCCCACACGGCAGCCUGGAGGAGAUGGUGCCAGCCCUGCAGCCCCCCAGCCAGGCACCAGCCCAGGAGCCCGACCACACGGAGCAGCCUGCCAGUCCAUGAGGACCACAGGGGGCCUGCCCUCCCUCCCCCACCUCCUCAGGAGCUGGAGGGGCUGGAAGCUCCUUCUAUCCAGGGCAGCUCGGGUUUACAGGCCUGCCCAUGCCGGGGGCCCCUCAAGACCUCAGGACCUUAGCCCAGGUGCCAAGCUUCAAGUCCUUGGGAGUGGGUCGUGGCCAGCACUGGUGUGGUGGACUCUGCCCAGCACCGUCCAGUUUAUGACCAACUCCAGCUACCUGGGCAGGUGGAGUAGGGUGGGCAGGGAAGAGGCCCGCAGCCCCAGGGAUCCACAGUAAUAACUGCUUGGCCCACAUUGUGGCCUGCUGCCACGUCCACUGUGGUGUUUUUUGUGGCACCAAGUCAUCAACUGCUCCCCAAGAAUGAGACAAUUGUCCCCAAUCCACAGCAAGGGUACACAGGUUCUAUAAGGGAGAGUUGGCAGCCCUGGGACAGCCCUGAGUCAGACACAUGGCCAGGCCUGGGUCCUGGGAUUCCAACCGCAGGCCACUGCCCUCUGCUCAGCUCAGAGGAGAGCUACACACACCAGGCACAGAGGGGUCCAUGACAAGACAGAGUCAUCCUCCCCACCAGGCUACCCUCAUGUCCCCUGGGGGGAAUACAAGAGAGCAGAGCCUGGACCCCAAGGAGGCCGCGCUAGAAAGGGCAGUGGAGUUCUGGGGUCCCCUUGGUUUCCCAGGUCUCCCAGAAAGCAGGGCAUGUCCUGAGGCCUGCCCCAGAUGGAGAGGCCCCCCUGCCUGGGCACACGCAUCUCUCAGGCACAGGCCCACAUGGCCCACAUGGUCCCCUGGGUAUGCACCCACAUGCAGACUGAGGCAACAGCUGUUUCCCAGCCCAGGCUGCCAGCAGCUUCCAGUGGCCUCUCUCCCUGCAGUCCCCUCAGGGCUUUGUGACAAAGGCUCGGGAUGGGACACAUGCAGGCAGGUGGGUGCACAAGUGGCUGGACCUGCUCCAGGGAACUUCAGCCCACCUCGUGGUUGUGGGGCCUCAUGCUUGGGGGUCCCUGGGCCCACCCUGCACCCUACGUGGUCUCCCCAAGGCCAUGCUCCAUCUACCAUAGACGCCUCCCCCUCCCCGUUCCUGCCUGUGAGGACCACACAGGAAGCCGCUGGCUUUGGCAGCUUUACUCCUCCACUUUCUGCAGCCUCAACAUCACUUUCUCUGGGCCCCAAGGACAACCAGGGACAUGUGACCCCACUCCAAUGACCAGGCCUCAGGACCAUGACCUCUCACCCCGGCCCUUCUGAGCCCACCUCCCAUGGACACUGCCCUGGGGGUGAGAGGCAGCAGGGAUCUCAAGGCUUUGCUGAGGCUCCAGGUCCAAGAUGAUCCAGAUGCUGCCCAGCCUGAGCCCCAGGCCUGACCCUCCCAGCCUGGCCCAUGUCGCUCCACCAGCAAGCUGCCAGCAUGGCCCUGCUCACCAGGGACCCAUCAGGAGGCAGUCUCCCUGGGGUAGGUACCUGAAACCCUGCCCCUCCCUAGGACCCAGAGAGGGCUUGUCUCCUGCAGCCCCGUCCCUCCCCUCCUGACCGUGGGCCUGGGACAUAGAGAAAUUCUCCAACAGGCAGGACUCAGGCCCCCAGGAGGAUUCCAAGCCUGAACCAGGCCAGCAUGCUGGGAGUCCAUGUCUCCUGUUAGGGACAUUCUCUCCAGCCCCUGGGCUCUAAGUGGUAUGUUAGUCAGAGUGUGAUCCUCGUGCAGUUGCCUCAGGCUGGGGUGGGCAGUUGCCCAGACAUGUUCUUGGGUGUCACCUUGGGCAGCAGUGACACAUGUCCAGAUGUACAGUCUCCCCACCCCAUGACUCCCAGGAGCCCGGUGAGCAGGUUCCAGGGCAUUGGACUGGUGUCACCAAGGAGACAGAUGGAAGAUCCCAAAGGACCCCAUGCCCACCAACACAGCCCCUCGCCCUUCCCCCAAUGCCAGCCCUUAACAGUCCCAGGGUUGCCACCAGGAAGGGGCUGGUACUCAUCAGCUGAGCAGGGAUGGGCCCAAGAGGUGCCUAUGCCCUUGCCUGGGGUCCUAGGGGGUUGGAGCAUCUGCCCACCACACUCCUCACUCCAUGGAUGAGGCCCAGAGCUGGGAGUGGCCCUGCCCUGGGAUCCCAGCACAAAGCAGUUGCCACAGCUCCUCCUGUCAGGCUGCUUUCUCCGUGGCCUUGGACUCUGGCUGCACAGACCCAAGUGAGGGGCAGCUGAGAGGGCAGGGGCUCUCCCUUUGAAGGGUGUGCCAGCAGGGGGUGGAGGGCUGGGAGCCAGGCAGGGCCAGAGGUGACCACAGCCAGUGUGGUGGACAGCUGGUGAGUGGGGAGCUGCUGGGAACACUGGAGAUGGAGCCUGAGAGAGCAUCUCCAGCCCAGCCCCAGCCGGAGCCCCACUGGGCCAGGGCCCUGCAUCUGUUCCCUGCAGUCUCUACACAAAACUGGCUUCUGUGGUCCCCAGGCAGCACCUGCCGAGACUGGAGCUGAGGAGGGACAGUCUGCCUGGGAGCUGAAGGGUGAAAUUCUCCCCCCACCCCUGUCCUGGUCGUGCUAGAGCUUCAUCUAUGAUUCCCCUCGGUUGUGCCCCCACCCUUGCCAGGUGCUCAACCAGCAGAGAAAGACUACAGGCCUCAAGAACGAGCCAACGAGUAGGUGCCAGGCCCACCCUGGCGACAGCGUCCAGCUCCAAGCAGCAGCCGUGGGGGCAGGUUCUGGGCCCCAUCUAAGGCACCUGGGCAGCCAGGUAUGGGGGUGUGGAAGCUGCCUGUCUGCUCUGGGCUGGCAGUUCCCUGUGGGGCCUUUGCCUGCAGGUGAGGACAGCAGAGUGGAGCUCCAGCCACCAUCCUCCAAAGUGUAACCCAGGGUCAGGCAGGCCCGCAGCCCCUCCUCAUGCUUGGUCCUCCAGUAGAAAUGGGCUUCUCCAUCCAUGUACAACAGCAGCAGGUCACAGAAGAAGGAGAUCUGGGAGAGGCAGGGCAGACCCACGGCCUGACCCCCAACCUGCCAUCACACUGCCUCAUCAGCCCUCACCCUGAGAUUCAGUGUCAGCCCAGGGGACUUGGUGGGGGACACUCAGGGGGCACUCAGGGGGUACAUGCUUGCCAGCAGCUGGGGGGAGCCGUCUUGCCCAGAUUCAUCACACCCAGCAGAGCCACUCCAGUGCCCAGAGUGAGGGUUGUCGUGAUGAGCCCAAACUUCCCUGCCUGAGACAGACCUGGGCUGAGCCUCUCUGGCUGUGGUUAUCACCCCCUCCCACCCUUCACCACCAGCCCCCACCUGUCCUGGCCUGGCCCCUACCUGCCCAGUGACGAGGAUGUCGAAGUGGACCCUACAGAGCUGAGCAGGCUCCGGGCCUCCCCGCCUGAGGCCUCCCCAAAGUGAGUGGCUGUCCUGGGGCAGGAGAGAGUCCAGUGGCUGCUCUGCCCACUCCUGGGCAGCCUGGCCCUCACAGGCUUCAUCUUACUUAUCCACUGACUCCAUCCACCACCAGUCAGAGUCCUGGGUCUCAGCCCUGUGUCACUGCUGGGGACACAGGGGACAAGCAAGCUGGGACCUACCUCUCAGAAGCUCCCUGCCUGCUGAGGGGAUGGGGACAGAAGGGUCCCUAAACAGACACUGGCAGUGGGGGUGGGGGAGGUGGAGCAGGCCCCGGGGAUGUGGGGUCCACAGAGGGGCACUCACUCUCCCCAGAGAGCUCCUCAGGCUGGAUUCCCAGGGCUCAGGAAGGAGCUCCAGGCAGAGACGGAGGGCAGGGAGAGAGCAGAGCGGAGGGGGCAGGGUGUGGGUGGGUCCAGCCCCACAUGGUUGCACAGGGCUGGGGGGCCAGUGAAGUGAGGCCAGGAUGGCCCAGCGGGUAGUGUCACCAGGCAUCACCUCCAGGCCUAGUGGCUGUGUGCACAUCUGUGUGAGGGUGACGAGGUGACAUGAGGGGGCAGAAGGAUGGGGAUUCUGCUUAGAAACCUCAAAGACAUGACAAUCCAUGCAACACAAGAGCCUUGAGUGCAUCCUGGAUCAGAAAAUAAAAAGAUUUAGGACAAUUGUUGGCACAGCUGGGGAAAUUCAAAUAUUCGAUUUGUCUGCCAAUUUUAAAUUUCCUGAGUAUGACAAGAGGACAGCGGUCACCUGGGGAAGGUCCUCAUUCUCAGGACAGCUUUGCGGGGGGGGAGCUGGAUAUCUGCCACAUACUUUCCAACAGUUUCCUGUGAAAUCCAUCUAAAUAUACCCAGCUCUCUCUAGAGAGGGAGAGUGAAAGCAAAUGGGGCAUUUGGUGAAAAAAUAAAUUUAAAAAAAUAUGAUGAA